UAUUUUUAGUGUUCGGUGAUCUUGUCGUCUUUGCGAACGUCGACAUUUUCUGCGGUUUUUUUUCAUCCGAAAAAGCUGGAGCAGAAUUACAAAUAAACGAACAGAUAGAAAAUAACUAAGCAUAAAACGAACGAGAUAUUUGACAUCGAACCUCAGUAAACUUAAAUAAAUAAAUAAGGUUUCCUGUUCAAACACAAGCAACAGCAAAUCGAUCAAAAUGUUUAAAAAUCAUUUGGAAAUGAUUGGUCGCAACGAGACCCCCAGCAAGAAGGCGAAAUUCUGGCAAUCUUACAUCAGAUCGCUGAAAGGCUCUGAAGAUAUUCGUGCCCACGAGGCUCCACGCGUAAGCCGCCCAUACAGCUCAUACUUGGACUCGCCAAUCACAUACAGGAGCAUCUUCGAUGAGCCCGCCACUGCCAAUGAGCGUGUGCAGUCGCACGGCUACAGAUACUUGCCCGUGAGCAGAGACACCUAUGGCUACUCGCCACGCGCCAUCUACGAUCACCAUUACAGCAGAACAAUUCCAGCCAACUACGACGCAGAGAGGGCUUGGAAUGACCACUUGAAGCGCAUGCAAGAAAUCGAACGCAGAUACCCAUCUCGCUAUGGUCUCUACCUGAAGGACAAGCCAUACACACCCAACGCUUUGGUGCCCUUGGAAUACGAGCCAGAAGAUAAGUUGCUCAAAUCACUCAACAAGGAACGUUUAACGCCAUCGUCACGUCCAGGACGUUUAUACCGUGCCGGCAGUGAACCCUACAUGCCAAUACCAGCAUUGCGUGAACCGAGUGUGUCACGUGCCUCACGCGCACCAUCGGCUUUCGAACGUGCACGCAGCUUGGCGCCAUCAUUGUUCGAUCGCGCACGCAGCUUGGCUCCCAGGCCAUUGUUCCGUGCCAGCUCGCUGGAACCUUUGGAUGAAAUCUUUGAUAGUAAGUUAGAAAAUCCUGUUGCAGAGAGACCUUUUGAGCGUGCCGGCUCACCAAGUCCCACUCCCGUUAAGGCUGGCCGCUGGGGACCGCGUCCCAAUGAAGUCGCCUAUGAUGCUAAUGGACUUCCAAUCUUCCAUCCGCGCAACCGCAUCAGGGAUUUGUUCAACCCCAAUCCCUAUACACCCAUCUCAGCGUUCAUACGCGAUCCCUUCUGGUGGGACGUCGAUGAUUUGGCACCUUUACGCGCCUUAUCCGUGCCACGUGCCCUAUCCGUGCCACGGGCCUCUAGCCCCAUUACGCGCGAUUCGUUCUUGUCGCCGGUGAAGAAUCGUUACUUGUGGUCGAGACAUCCAGCUAGACCAUUAACCCCUGAAGGCGAGGAAAUUUUCUAAAAUGAAUAUUUCCAAUAACUUUGCAAAUCAUCGAUAACGAAAAAAGAAAAAAUAAUAACAUAAUAAAAAAAAUCGUAUAACGAAACUUAACAGCUAAAUUUUUGAUUCAUUUAACAAACUUUAUCAAUAACAAAAACGUCAGUAAAUGAUUAAAAAGAUUUUCAACUUCAUACAACAAAACAAAAAAAGUAUAAAUCGAAGCAUCGUAAAGUAUUUAGUAUAGAAAGUGUGAUCAGAUAAAAAUUAUACGCACAUAUACUUACUUACUCGUAUUUGCAAAACUACAUUUACUCGAAUUCUAUAUUCUAACCAACAGCCAACCUUUAAGCCAAUCAAAUUGUUAAAGAAAAUAAAGAAAAUUGCACACCGUACGAUUUUGUAAACACGACGACAAUGCGAUCAAAUGCGAACUUUGUUUUAAUAAACAAGCAAAACGAAUAAUGAAACGAGGCCCACUAAAAAAAAACGAUAUCACAUUAGCCGAUCUUAUCCAUCAAACGAAAAUUUUUUCAACGCACCAAAGAAGAUCAACAUCAACAACAACAAUAAAAACCAUUAGAAAUCGUCACCAAUGCAAGAAGUAAAAUGAGCUCUUGAAACGAGAACAGGAGUUUCAGUUAACGCAGAAAAUAAAAAAAGUUAAACUGGUGGACAACAGUAAUAAAAUAAAAACAACAAUAAAUUAGAAAGUCAAAAAUUCUAUCUCAGCAACGAAUCUAUUUAUUUACUUGCAAAAUUUUGUAUUUUAUAUAAAUUAUGUAUUUAUUUAAUUUUUUGUGCUGCCAAUGUUGACAAUAAUGGAAGAUAAUAUAAGUUAAUGAGAAGCGAAAUAAAUGUUACAAAAGAAAAAAAUAAUAAAAAAAUAAAAUCAAUAAAUAAGAAAAUAAAAAAUACAAAUAAAAAGACCUGAGUGCAUAUUUCCCGAAAUUCGUUUUUGCGAACAACAGCAAAAACCGAAUUAUUUUCUAAUUUUAUUAUUAACUGCAACUCUUUACUAAGUAUUGCAAAUUAAAAAAAAGGGUUUACAUUUAUUGUAGAAGUGAAGAGCUUCACGCAGAGGCUGAAAGUGUUUAAUGUUUUAAGAUUACUGAAUUUAGUUGAUUCAGUGAUUUUGUUAGUAAGUAAUAGACGAAGAAGAAUUGUUCCUUUUUUGUAUAUUUGUGUAAAUUUUAUUUAAAAUUUUAGUUAAGAAAAAAAGAAACACAAUAAAUUAAAAAAAAAUCAACAAAAUUCAAGCAUUAAGAAAACAUGUGCACACACCCUGUAUUGCGUGGGUUUUAUGAAAGCAAUUCGACCAGCGAGUCCUUUGCAUUUGCACGUACAUUUGUGUGAAAUUGUUAAACUUACAAUGUUAAGUGGUAAAGUAAAUCGAAAACAUUUGUAUUAAAAUUUAAACUGAAUUGUAUGUCUGCCAACCUUUUAUAAGAAAGGAAAAGUUAUAGAAAUAAAAUGCAAUUACAACAACAACACCACA